GGGCCCUAACUGCAUGGCAUAACUCUUCAUGACUCUCGUAGAACCAGCAGGGAUGGCUCAGAGGCAGCGUCUAUCCUGCCAUUGGACCCCGAAGCGUCGCGGAAAAACAUGCCGUGCUGUGCCAUGGAACGUCGCGAGCCGUACUGGGACCUCAUGGAGGUGGCUUGUGGUGUGGGUCCUAUGAUGGUGGCUAUUCCUCUCUUUUUUUGCUGGCUCUUCACCCACGAGGACUCUUAUUUAGCAGCACAUAUGAUGGCUGUGUACGUCGCACUUUCUACACCUAAUUGGCUGCUCUUGGCACAUGACCUGUUGGCCUGCUUCAGAAAACCAUCCAGAGAGGCAGGCUUUGAAAAUUAUCGGAGGCCUACAUGGCAAAAGACAGCCAUGAAUGCGAACUACACCCUCUGCUCGCGACUGGAUGAUGGUUUGGUGGGUUCUUCAUCCUGAGACACAUCAAGCAAGAUCCAACACCUUAUGCGGAAACGAUCGACGGGACCAUGAAGACCACGACCCCUCCGGUGCUCACAUGAGAUGCGACGUUGCGCUGUACAGCGGUGAUGGGUCAAGACGGGGAGAUGGAUGGUUCCAUGGCCACACGGUUGGAAUGGCAAGAUGGUGAUGAAGUGGAUUUUUAGGUAUCCUUUAGUGAGGUAAGCCC